AUGGCGAUUAGUAAAGUGUGUGGAGAUUUUGAUACUUUUUGGAGGUUUUUUCCCGAUGGUUUAAAAGAUUCUAUAAAUUAUAAGUUUAAUACUGGAUCAUUUAAGAAAUAUUGUCCUAAUAAUAAUUGUGACAGUGAUAUCGAUAAGAUAAAUGCUGGAUGUUUAUGGUUAAUUAAUAACAUUUUCAGUACAUCUGAUUUUUCAGUUGAUAAUAAUACUCUUAUGGAUGAUGCUACAUGUAUUAUGAUAUGGUUAGGUUAUAUAUUAAACCUAAAACCACCAGAUAAUAUCAACACAUUAAAAGAUUUUUAUUCUAAGCAUAUAGAAAAAAACACGAUGUACACUGAGAAUAAAGUUAAUAAUCAAGAAACAUAUAUUAAGGAAGUCAUGGAAGGAAUAAAGGAAUAUAUGGAUAUUAAUAUUAGUUAUAUGCCUAAAUUUUAUGAAUUACUUAAAUUAUUAUGUAAUAUGAAUAGUGAUAUAAAAAAAACUAGUAACGAUGUUUUACAAUAUGCUAAUAAUUUUGGUGAUGAAUAUGGAAAACUCCUUAAUGAUAAUGAAAAUAUUGACGGCAGUUCAUACAAUAAACUAUUACUUGUUUUAUCCAGGUAUUAUACUAAUUUUGGAAAAGGUAGUGAGCACUAUGAUAAAACAACAGAUUUUCCUUCAUUACCAACAAAAAAAACAACUGAAAAUGGUGAGGUAUUAGAUACUAAAGUAACUAAAACAGCUGAAAAUGGUGGUAUAUCAGAUACUAAAGUAACUAAAACAACUGAAUCUUCGCAUGAAACAGAUAAAUCAAAUAUUGUAACGAUAAUCCCGAUUUCUAAUACUGUAUUAUCAGGAUCGUCACUAGUAAACAAAAUAAUUAUAUUUUUAUCGAUAUUUGGUGCAAUAGCGAUUUUGGGGGGAAUUUCCUAUAAGUAUUCGUUAUUUGGAUUUCGGAAGCGAUCUCAAAAACAACGCUUGAGAGAAAAGCUAAAAAAAUAA